AAGUUUCAGAUAAAGACAGAAAGAAAAAAAUGUCGGAAAGAUUCUGAAAAAUCAACAACUAUCAAACUGGCUUCAAGGACUGUUGCUCCACCGUUCAGAAUGUCGCUUCUCCUGUUCUUCGGGCUUGGACGGGUUUGUUUUGAUUUUGUUUUAAAUUUUAUAUGUUUAGUUGAAUAGGGAUUUUUCUUUAAAGUAUUAAAAAAUAAUCUGAAAAAAUCCUUUGUUCCACAAAGACAAGCGAAACAAAUCGCGAACGAUUGAGCAACUCAAUAAGUAAAAAUGGGACUUUUGUAAGAUUUUCUAAUCUUCUCGUCUGAAUUUCCACCAAAAAAGAAGCCAUGUCCACGCUCCAACCAAUCAACAUUUCCGAACUCCGUCUCAUUGGUUGAGAAGUAGGCGCGGCUAAUCACUGAUUGGUCUUGUAGGUAUCUUUUUGGAUGAAAUUCAGACAGACGAUUAGUCAAAGUUUUAUGUGUUUAGUGCUUAUACUUGAUUUUCAUCCCUUCCCGAUCGAUUUUUUGUUCUUCCUUUGUGGUAUAUCUGAAUUUUAGUUAUAUAUUUCACAACAAAAUCUUCAUUUUCUAUUCCAUCUUGAGGGAUUAAUUAAUAAAAAAUGUAUUCGAAAAAAAAAUUAGAUUUAAAAACUUAACGUUGUCUAAUACGUUCAAGAUUAUAUGCCAAGUUGCCACUAAAAUAUAAUUCCUACUGAACGAUAGCACCUGCUCUCGGAUGGUGAGUUGAAUUUCAAUGUCUGAGUUAGCUUGGUAAUUUUUGUAAGCAAAGUUUGAUGAGACGGAAGAAAAUAUUCACAUUGUGCAAUGACUCAUGAAACACCACGUGGAAUCUUCUCUGCUCUCCAAAAACGUCAUCAGUCAGUCCAUCAAAUUGUCCGAAAUCUGGUUGAAUCUAUCUCCAAUCCGAAAUGUAUCCGCUCGAAGUGAUUUUUGCAUGACGACUCGGACAGACUUGUCACUCCUUUCUCCGCCUCUUUCUCUUUCCGAGACAUCUCUUUCACUUGUAUACAAAUUCAUUUUCCCUCUCUCUUUCUUUCUUCCCAAGGACUCUAGUUUUGCUCCUUUGCACCCUAAAUAUUAUGGGCCGACGGUAGAAUACCACGAACAUCGAAUCAUGAGAUUGGACGAAGACGAUGAUGAUUUAAAGAAAUGUAAUGGUGUAAAUGAAGAAGAUAUAUUGAAAGCUUUUUUAGAAGAAGACUUUAAUUCUCAACAUUAUGAUUCCAUAUGGGAGUGCCUUCAACACAAUCGAAGAGCAAUAGCCGUCAAUGGAUUCAUUAUAGUCUUUCUGAUAAUUUACACAACAAUUGGAGGAUUCAUAUUUUUAAAUUUUGAGUUUGAAUACCAGCAAUAUAUGAAACAAAAUGCGACACUGGAAAAACGAUUGUGUAUUGAAUCCUUGUUAAAUCGGGACAAUCGAUUACGUCUUACACGGGCUUCUGAUGUUGCUGCUGCAAUUGCAGAGAGGUGUCUGACAGAAAAUGUCAAAGACGAUCGUAUGCAAUGGUCAUUCAAAUCUGCAGCUCUCUACUCUCUUGGAAUUUUGACAACUUUGGGGUAUGGAAAAAUAGAGCCUCAAACAAUCAAUGGACGUAUUUCAACAGUGAUCUACGGAUUUUUUGGAAUCCCUCUAACUGUCAUUCUCUUGACAAAUUUUGGAAGAUAUUUAGAGGCAAUGGCAACAAGGUUUAGAAGACUUAUUUCAUGUAGAAGACGUCGGGAAGAUGAAGAUGAAAAUGUAUCUGGAAGUACAUUAUUUUUUAUUGUACUCGUUUAUCUUAUACUUGGUGCAACAAUGAUUCCAUUGAUGAGUGGACAAUUUGACUUUUUCAAUGGAAUUUAUUAUGCGUUCAUUUGCUUGACAGCUAUCGAAUAUGGAGAUAUUAUUCCUCAAAACAAUUGGUUCUUACCUAUCAGUGUUUUCUACAUGUGCACGGGACUUGCCAUAUCAACUAUUGCUUUAGAUAUUGGAUCAAUUUAUGUUCGAAAGCUACAUUUUAUUGGCAAAAAAAUAAAAAACAUUGCCAACAUUCGGAUUUGGUUCGGUGCCAGGAAUUUGGAAGUACGAGAACUCAUCACAGCAGUUGGACAGAAUAUUGGAAUUGAUCAGAAUGUGAUAGCAGACAUAGAUAUUGAUACAUUGGUUAAAACAGCAAUUCAAGUGAAAUUGGGAAGACUUUCAAGAGUUCCUCAAACACAUAUGAUUGUUGAGGGAAUAUGGCCUCCAGAACUUGUUCCUCUUUUUAUGAAAGAUGGUCAAUUCCCACUUUUUGUCGAUUCGGAAGAUGAUCUCACUGAUAUGAGGCCUAAGAAAUUUUCAGUUCAUUUUGAAGAUGAACCAAUGAUGUCUGAAAUAGAGGAUACAUCUGAUUCUGAAACAGCUGCUGAUAAAUCACAAACCACAUCGUCCCGAUUGUCUCCAAUUCCACGCCGAAGAGCAAUGCAAGCCAAAUUGAAUGGUUCAACUGACUCAGAUCAAGCUUGCCACGACGGCGUUAUGAAUGUUUCAACAACUAUCACCUCUGAUCUUUCUACAGAUGCAUAGCAUUUUGUUUUUUCUUCUUUUCUUAAAUCUCAAAUAAAUACUUUUU